AUGACCUCAGUGCUCCGCCUGAUCUAUUUCCCUACUGUCAACGGCUCCGAAUUGCCCGAGGAGCCCAGUUUGUAUCAUAAAUUUGGCUGCUCGGAUUGCGAGCUUAGGCGUGUUAAGGAUUUUCUUCAGACUCCCUUCUCCUUCCGGCCCCCCAAUCCUUCUGCCAAAUAUCUCCUCGCUCUCCGUCUGUACCUUCUUUGUCGGGGUUGGCGUCAGCUCGUGAACCAUCCUGCCAUGGGGGCUCGACCCACUGGCGCAUGGUUAGGCUUCAUCAGUGCCAUUCAAUCGGUGGGGGGCCUGGUGGGCAUGCCUCUGCAAGCAUGGUGCAGUAAUAAAUUUGGCCGGAAAUCAUGUAUCUGGGUCGGCUACGUGUUCAUCAUUAUUGGUGUGGCCAUGCAGACCGCCGCUCCGAGUCCAACGUUGUUCAUUGUCUCGCGCGUUUUCGUCGGUCAUUCAGGCGCCUGGUUCCAAAGUGCUGCCAUCCUGGUCACUGAAUUGGCGUAUCCGACCCAUCGCUCCAAGCUCAGCGCCCUGUAUCAGUGCAUCCCUCGGUGGCUGAUUCGCAAUGACGGACGAGAAAAAGCAAUUAAGGUGCUAACAAAGUAUCACGCCGGUGGCGACGAAGCAUCGCCGCUGGUCGCGUUACAGAUGCAGGAGAUUACCGAUUCUAUCCGGCAGGAGGACGAGAUGGCGAACAAUGCUCGGUGGUCUCAAAUGCUCAAGACGAAAGGGAAUCGACACCGUUUCCAUAUCAGUGUCACAAUAGGUAUCGCCGCCCAGUGGAACGGAGUGGGAAUCGUCUCUUACUACCUUAACCUCAUCCUGAAUACCGUUGGAUUUACUUCAGCUACACAACAGACCCUAAUUAACGCUUGCUUGCAAGUAUGGAAUCUCAUAUUUGCAGCUGUUGGCUCCUUGCUCGUGGACCGUGCCGGCCGCCGUCUGCUAUUCAUUCUUUCCACCAUCAUCAUGCUGGUAAGCUAUAUAUGCUUGACAGGCCUGGCUGGUAGCUUCGAUACCACGGGAGUCGCUGCCGUUGGCACCGCCGUCAUCCCGUUCUUGUUCAUCUACUAUGCCGGCUCUGACCUGGCAUAUACCCCGCUGCUCAUCGCCUAUCCCGCUGAAACCUGGACCUACUCGCUCCGGAGUAAGGGUGUUGCACUCACCUACAUGUGCACCUACCUUGCUCUUAUCUUUAAUCAGUUCAUCAACCCUAUCGCAAUGGAUGCGAUCGGAUGGAAAUAUUACAUCGUGUAUAUUUGCCUCUUAGUCGUGAUCUUGAUCAACGUCUGGCUCACCUACCCUGAAACUGGCGGAUACUCCCUUGAAGAAAUGGUCGUCGUGUUCGAUGAAGUCGAGGCAGAUGGGGCAACAGCAACCAAGGCUUCAGAUAUGGGAGUGGUUAGCCAUCUAGAAGACCCUCACAACACGGAGAAAUUGUGA